AUGACAAGGAUUCUUUUGACUCAUGAACAUGCUGAUGCGGUUUUGGGUUUAGAUGACAUUCGUGCUCUGCAGCCAUAUAGUGCCACGAAUGAUAUUGACCUCUCGGUGAAAUUUCCAUAUUUGGUUUGGAAGAAACUGAAAGAAGGCCAAGAAAUUAGAAGGGUGGCACAAGUUGAAUGGAAGUUAAUUCAGGAGCAAUGCGACAAGCCUUUUGCUGCUUCUGGCCUAAAGUUCUUUCCCCUUCCAGUGAUGCACGGAGAAGAUUAUGUCUCCUCGGGCUUUCUCUUUGGUGAAAAAUGUGAAGUUGCAUAUAUAUCUGAUGUUUCACGCUUUCAUUCAACCACGGAGUAUGUUGUUCAUGUGGAUUGUGAGGCUCAUGCCUGUGGUAGUACAAUGGACACAGUGAUGGAGCCACUUAAGUUUUUUGUGUGUUAA